AUGCCUGGAGUGGAAGAGAGACAACCAAUGAUUUUGACUGCCAAAAAACAGGCCUUAUUUUGUUCUUUGCAACGUCUUUAUAAUUUAUCUAAAAAAGUUAACGACGCGGCUCAUCGAAAAAUUUUUGAAAUUUUGUAUAGAUCUUUAGAAGAAACUCGACAAAAGUUAUUAGAAACAGUAGAAAUGGAAAGUGAUAAGAAUUUAGAAGUUGAUGAAAAAUUUGUUCCGAAUUUCGCGAUUUAUCAAACAAUAGACGACAUUUAUUGUAAUAUAAAGAAAUUGCAGAUCAGUUGCGAACUGAUACACCCUCCAGGUUCGAUGUGCUUGUCAUAG